AUGAACGAGGCCGCAAUGAUGGAGCAGCCUCGCUAUUUGCUUGAUUUGCCGCAAGAAUUGCUCCUCUCAAUGGUUGACUACAUUCAAAGCAAGAGGGACCUGUAUAAUGUUGCACGGACAUGUCGUGGACUAGAGAAUGUUUGCAUGAAGAGAUUGUACGGGAAUGUUGCUCUGAGCGAUCAAGAGCCGCCAACGCAUUCCACGACCUUGAUCCGGUCGCAUGUGGUGCGCGCAGUAUCCGAACUUACCAUAUACAACGGCCGGUACAAUGCGCGACGGGCCAAGCCCAAAGCAUUCCCACCACACGGCUCCAGUGCAUUUGAUCAGAAGCUUCUGCAGACGCUCAAGGCUGUCCCUUCAAACAAUCUGAGGGCUUUCUCUUCAUACCACGAUACACCUGUCUCGGAGGGAUACUUGGAACUCCUCGCCGCUCGCCAGAAUCAAUCUCUGAGGCACCUUCGCGUGUACGAACUCUGUGCUUCGCUCACCGAGAGUUUCAUUUUACCAAACAGGCUCACUGUAUUUGAAUGUUGCUCGAUUGGCGACGGCAAACUGGUAUGGGAUCUCAUUCGCAUGAAUGGCUCAAGUCUGCGGCGUCUGCGUCUGGGACAAGAGAAGCAACUUCUGCAACAGUACUCUCCACGAGGCCAUGGAAUGAUGGAGCCUUUGCCGUCCGCUGAGUCCGGUCUACUUCAGCCAGCAAUUCUGACGCAGCUGCCUCAACUCGAGGAGUUGGAACUGGUUGGUCUCGACCUUAGACCUUUGUUUCCGGAGAACAUCCAAGAGGGCCUGACGCUGUGCAAUCUGACGAGGGUUUCAGUCCAAUCUUGUUCUGGGGCUGACGUCUUCUUGCGGACUUUGGCAGAGGUUUUCAACUUCGCUCAAGAUUCGACUCAAGGACUCGAUACACAUUCAACGAUCAAGCUCAAGCAUUUCUCACUGCGAACCGAAGCACCGACGUCCGAGCUGAAGCGGUCUCUGACGGCACUUUUGAGCUCGUUUACUGGACUCGAGAGCCUGUCUCUACUGUUCGAGAACGGAUCAGUGCUCGAACGAGUCUCUACAUUAUUGGGCGAGCAUGGACCGACACUUCGAACACUGGCACUGGAGUCACGGAUCCAGUCUCGUGAUAAUCUUGGUCUUGAUACUUCCAGAGCAUUUGGAUCCGGAGGCUACAGUCAGGAGCUGUGGGAGCGCUCGAUGCACGAGAUCUGCCAGCUCUGUCCGAGUCUGGUCGAAUUGGGCUUCAGCUUCCCUUGGGACGAUGAACUGGUGAGACUGCGCAAGACGCCCCUUCCCACUCUCACGCAGCUCAAGACGAUUCACAUUCGCAACUUUCCCGAGAAUCGAGCUUUGUCGCAGGUCGGCGACUAUACAAUCAAGGAGUACGCGCACAAGUUCAUCGAUUGGGUCUUUCCUACGCUGGUUGGAGGGCAGAGACCUGCAUUGGAGACUCUGGCUAUCGGUCCAACAUUGUAUGAGAGCAGAAUGCGGAGGCCAGUCAGUGGACGUGACCUCCCUGAAUUCAAGCAGACCCAUUUCUUUGGUGUGGACUGGGCGAUGACGCGAUUCCUGCGGUGGAACAGCAUGGUCAGUCCGGUGAGCGAGAGAUAUAUGGAGGAAUUUCGUGAGGAGAGGCCUUUGGAAGGCGUUUUCGAGCAGGUCUGGCUCAAGUGA